CUCUUGAGCAGCAAGACCUGCUCAAGAAAGGCACAGAGCACUGGGCAGAAAUUAAUACUGUUAGUAUAACACAGCUUUGCUGUCAGGUGACAGGGGUGGCUACACUUUUAUGAACAGUUACUGCAGAAGAGGCCCACUGAAAUAACUUGUUUUCAGCCUGUAGUUUCUCAGUGCUCCCAGGACUCUUUAAAAUAGUGACGGGACACAGACACCGGGAAGAGCAAGCUUACGGCAGCCGCAAUGGAGAGCCUCAUGCUCCCGCUCAGAACAGCCCUUCUGAAAGCCCUCCUUGAGCCCCGAAGGAGGACGCGAGGUGGCUUCAUCAUGGAUGAAAUUGUUGCCGAGUAUAUUCGAAGAACUGUACUGAAAAUCCCACGAGAUCAAAUCAGGACAAUGCUGCAGCAAUGGGGCUUUCUCUCUGAGGCGCAACUGCAAGCCAUAAACUUCUGUCAGAUAAAGGACAGUAUCUCUCAAGAUGUUGUUCAACUCUGUGAGGAAAAUGCUGCAGGCAUCAAGCAAGCAGCUGUCUUGGACAUAAUUUACAACUACAUCUACUCAAACAAAAGAUUGUGGAGUGUUUACCAGAUGAACAAAAGAGGGGAAGAAACGGAUUUUUUUGACUUAACAGAUUUCAAAAAAAAAUUUAAAAGACGACUUCAGUCAGCCUUAACAAAUGUCACCAUCAACUUUAGAGAAUAUGAGGAUAAUGCAAUCUGGAUUAGAAUUGCUUGGGGAACACCAUAUACAAAACCAAACCAGUACAAAACCAGCUAUGUUGUAUACCACUCACAGACUCCCUAUGUCUUCAUUUCUGUUUCAGUUCUUAAGAGCAACUUGCCCCUGCUAUGUCAGGCCCUGGUUGCUGCUUCCAAUUACCAUGACAUCCGUGAAAUGGAGCUUCGAAGUCAUUAUUUAAACUCCCUUAAAGAUAUUGUGUUUAAGAGUUAUAGCCAGAACUUCCAAAGUUAUUAUCCAAAACCUCUACAAGAAAGAAAUGUAGCACCAGAAAGUGAUUUAAUGAUAAUUCAAGAAAACAAAAAUGAGAAAGAAAGAAUAAAGAGAGUGAAUUCAGAAGUUUUUGGUGAUGGUCCCCAACCAAAACUCGAAUUUGCACAAUAUAAGCUUGAGACAAUAUUUAAAAGUGAUCCUCAAAUGAAUGUUUUGAAUAGAAAAGUACCAUUCAGAUGUCUGGUCAAGUUUUCUAGUCCACAUCUCUUAGAAUCCCUGAAAUCCUUGGCACCAGAGGGUAUGGCUGAUGCACCAGUUUCACCACUACUUACAUGUAUACCACAUAAAGCUAGGAAUUAUUUUAAAAUUAAAGACAAAAAAGAGGUCUCUUAAAGAGGCUUUGUAAACCCUUAAUUUAAAACUGAUUCACUGAGAAAUAGACAACUCAUUUAUUAGUGGUAUUAAUCUAAACCAUAAUAAACUUCAAAACAGAUUGAAAAAAGUUAACUCAUUCUUUGAUAAUACCUUAAAGUGUUUUUCCAGGUUAUGGCUUCUUUGAAUUAUUUUUCCAUUUUAUUUAUUUGUCUAUAACAGAAGAGUUAGCCCUUUCCUUGAAUAAUAUAAAAAAAAUUACCUGCGAAGUUUAAACAGAUACUGUGGUUAUUUUAAAUUUAAACAUGAUGACUGCUCUUAACUGUAUCUUUGGUAGUAUUUGUGAAGUUAAAGCUUAGUAAAGAUACAAUGAGACAGCUGUAGUUAUUCAGUUCACUACCAUAGCUGGAGACAGUCAAGAUAUUCUGGGUGGCUGCCUUAUUUCAGCUCCAGUUCAGCAGUGUAACAGAACAGGUGCCCCAGUUUGAACAUGUGAAUAGUCCCAUUCAAGUCAGUGGGACUACCUGUACGCAGGUCAGGCAUGUUUUUGUCUUGGUAGAUGAAGAUUAUAUCCAAAGACCAUUACAGGGCAUGGGGAAGAAAGGACUCCUAGAGUACAGAUGUCAGAGGUUUCCAUCCAGCUUUUAAUAGAUUUUAAUUCAGAUCCAGAGUUUUUACUCACCAAGGGCAACAGCCAAUAACAAAUGAAUUUAUUAAAA